AUGGAGACUUCUCAGAUUCGCCAGAACUACGACCGCGACUGCGAGGCUUUGAUCAACAAGAUGAUCAACUUGGAGCUUUACGCUGGAUACACCUACACCUCCAUGGCUUUCUACUUCAAACGAGACGAUGUCGCUCUUGCUGGUUUUGCCAAGUUCUUCAAGAAGAACAGCGAGGAGGAGCGUGAGCAUGCUGAGGAGUUCAUGGAGCUCCAGAACAAGAGGGGAGGACGCAUUGUGCUUCAGGAUGUAAAGAAACCUGAGCGUGAUGUGUGGGACAGUGGACUGAUUGCUAUGCAGUGUGCUCUUCAGCUGGAGAAGAACGUCAACCAAGCUCUGCUGGAUCUGCACAAGGUCGCCUCUGAGAAGAGAGACCCUCAUCUGUGUGACUUCCUGGAGACUCACUUCCUGGAUGAGCAGGUUGAGGCCAUCAAGAAACUUGGAGACCACAUCACCAACCUUACCAAGAUGGAUGCUGGAAACAACAGGAUGGCCGAGUACCUGUUUGACAAGCACACCCUGGAUGGAGGCAGCAGCUAAAAGCAGCCCUCAUGUCAUUUUCCUGCUCCAAAGUGUCCCUAAUGUGUUUUUUAAAUAAUAUUGAAUGUGUUCCAAGAGCACAUUACGUUUUCAGCACAUAGCU